AAAUGCCCAACGUCAACAUAUUUCUGCGGUUCAAAAUCUCCUCACGCAACUCACAACUCAGUCUCUGCAAACUCGAUCGCUAUCUUGAUCCACCGCCGGAGAAGAUUAUAUUGAAUUCCCAGCAUCGCAUCGCAUCGCACCGGAGAAAUUAAUUAGUAGUAAUUAAAUGGCUGUUGCAGGUACAACUACUGAUGCCGCCGUCGUCGUCUUCCUAAUUACUGUACUCUCAAUCUCAGUCUCAGCAGCAGCAGCAGCAGGAACGACGACGUUUGGAUGCUACGAAUCUAUCGUUAGCUUCGGGGAUUCCUUGACCGACACAGGCAACAUUCUUUCCGUCGCCGUGCACAAGGCCAUGCCCCCCACCGGCAAACCCCCCUUCGGCCGUACCUUCUUCAACCGGCCCACCGGAAGAUAUUGCGACGGCCGUCUCGUCAUUGAUUUCAUCGCACAGAGCUUAGGUCUGCCUCUAUUAAAGCCGUACUUUUCCGACGGAGGAAACGAGGAGGAGCGCCGCCGGAGUCUCGCCACAGGAGUGAACUUCGCGGUGGCCGGAGCCACCGUGCUUGAUUCUGAGUUUUACGACAAGAUUGGAUAUCACAAUCCCGUCACCAACAACUCCCUCACAAUUCAGUUGGACUGGUUCCGAAGCUUUUUGACUCGACUUCCAGAUGGCAGAAAAUAUGUGGAAAGAUCUCUUGUUGUGGUGGGAGAGAUUGGAGUAAAUGAUUACAAUUAUCUCCUCCAACAAGGGACAACUUUGGAUCAGCUUCAAACAUUAGUUCCUCAAGUUGUUAGCUCCAUCGGCUCCACAAUUCAAGAACUGAUCAAGCAUGGAGUUGCUACAAUGCUUGUCCCCGGGCAUCCUCCAAUUGGUUGUUGGCCUAUAUACUUAACAUUACACAACUCCGGCACCGACAAGUAUGAUCCGAGAACCGGUUGUCUCGAUUGGUUGAACGACUUCUCCAAGUACCACAACAGCCUUCUCCUCGAGGAAUUGGAGAAAAUCAGGGACCUUCAUCCUCAAAUCAACAUAAUCUACGCGGACUAUUACAACGCCGCAAUGCGCAUGUAUCUCUCCCCCGACAAAUUCGGAUUUGGCAGCAGAGUUCUUAGAGGCUGUUGCGGGGGAGGUGGGCCGUAUAAUUACAAUACGUCGGCUGGAUGUGGCGACGAAGGAGUGGAAAGCUGCGACAAUCCGGGCUCGUAUGCUAGUUGGGAUGGCGUCCAUUAUACGGAGGCAGGGAACAGAGUGAUAGCCCAAGGCAUUCUCGAAGGGCCGUAUACUAAUCCUCGAAUCGCAACGAUCUGCCCCGACGAAUCCGAAUUAUCCCUGCAGCCUCGCGGUCAUUACACGUUAUUUAUGGUGAUCAUCUUCUCUUUGGCUGCAAACUUGUGCAUACAAAAUGUAUGUGUUAAGUUCCAUCACAGGAGGAAAUCAUUGUAGUGAUCCCAUAAAGUCAUUUGUUGUUGUACUAAUUGUUGUUAGCUAAUUAAAGAGUGAUGAUUUAUUACGACACGGCAGCCAGAUUUGGAGAGAUGAAUAGUCAUUGUUGGAGUUUAAGGACGAUUGUUGUGGCCGAAAUGAACUACUGAUAUAUAUGGAUAGUUUAAUCA